AUGUUCCCCAGACUGAAGGACGACGCCAAGUAUGGCCGUUUUGCUUUCGACAUCUAUGCUCUGGACCACUGGACUCACGACUCUUCGGAGACAAGCCAAGAACAGUGGGAUCGCCUAGUCUGGAAGUACCAGGAACUGACCCUGAUUGAGCGUUGGCCAUAUCAAUGUCGCGCGGACUGCAAAGCUUCAACCCGGAAAGUAACCCGGAAAGUCAGCGACGCAGACAUCCAGCGCAUAUUCGUCGACAAUCAAACAAUGCACGAGCGCAACAUGACCAUAGCUAACACAGAGGGCUUACAGACUGUCUGGCUACGCACAUGCUACGAUCCACGUUUCGAGGCGAAAUACCAGUCACUUUUUGAAGCGUCUGGAGCUAAUGUCACAAGCUAUAUCCGGGUUCUGGAUGACUCCACACGCUAUGAUUUCGAUACUAGGGACAAGGACUUCUGGCGCCAAGUUUUGAUCCGUAUGCCUGGUAUCACGGACUUUUCCGGGCUUACUGAUGAGAAUGGAGAUGGGAGUGACCUGUAUUACAAAUCAGGACAGAACGACGAGGAUUUGAUCGAAAGAGCAGAAGAACUGAGCGACCUUGCUUUGGCGGAAUUGCAAAUGCAAGCUGGUAUUUACCUGCUGGAUGAGGAUUCCAUCAAGUCCGGGGUGAUUAGAAUUCUCUGGCUCGACGAACAUGGGAAUGUGGCCUGGGAGAGCAAAUUUGACCCGCUGACCUUCGACUUGGAAGAAUUAGCGAACGCCAUAUCUCAGCGCCCGAUAAGCUUGGUUGAGAGCACCGACGCCGAUGGAUUCCUCUUCCCGUUGAGGGAUUAG